UCAUUUCUUUGAAUUGCACACGUUCUCACUACUUUUUUCUGCAACAAUGCCAAUUCACCCAAAUAUUAAAUAUUCCAAGUUUCCUCUACUUCAACUUCCUUCCAAGACUAUUCAAAAUGUUUUGAGUAUUUUGAGUCCAUUUGAAUUAAUAGAUGUUUCAAAAUCAAGUACGAGAGUGAAGAGAAUAGUCAAAGAGUUUACAAGGACUCAACGCAAAGGAUGUUACACACUUAGUGUAGUUGCUAAUAUCGUCGCUUCUGUUUUUAUUGAAAAAAAAGAUGGUAGACUAUAUGAACAAAAAUAUGACCCUAGAACAUACUACUCACCACAUGACAUGACGAUCUAUGGUGAUACCGAAAUCAAGAUUAGGAGUAUCUAUUCAAACGAUCCAGUGAAUGAAUGGAUUAUUUGUGCUGAGUAUUAUAUGGAUAUUCUAAACUGCCAAAUCAAUUUUUUCCGGUUAAAUUUAGAUACAUUUCAAGAGCAUAAUCAAACAAUCAAACAUAUGAUGGACAUGUUACUGGAAACGCCAUUUCAAAAGAGCAUUUAAAAUUUGUUCUGAGUGAACUGGCAGAUACGAAAAAAAUUUUCUUCGAUGUUAUUGUUCACGAGAAAUGUGAUGAACAGUUAAUAAUCACUUCUAAUAGUUUUCUUGUCGAGCACGCCGCCACAUGGGUUACCUUAAAUCAUCUUUUCAAUUUUGACUGUCUCGAAAUUGGAUUAAGAAGAUCAAAUUUGACAGCAAAAGAGUUGAAUAUAUUUCUCCGACAUUGGAUGUCAUCAUGUUCCAAUCGAAGACUUCAAUUAUUUGAGUUUCAAAUUCAAGACCUCAAUUGCAUUUCAACUAUCAUGAAUCUACCACACCGUACAAUUGGACCAAGAGAGUUUGAAAUAACUCGUAAUGAUGGGACAAGAGCCACGUGCACCUUCUAUAAACAUCCAAAAAAACUAAAUAUAUAUUUUUUUGAAAUGCAAACAACACUCCGCAGUUUUGUUUGGAAAACGAAUUGGUCUACUUCUUCAUAAAACAUAUGCGGUUCAAUUGAUACUUUUAUUUCCAUUGGAAUUAAAUUUAAUGAAUUGCUUCUUUAAAUAUUAUUUCUAUGCAUCUGUUCUUCCUUUUGAUUCUUCCAUGAAUAUCUUUUUUUUAUUGAUCCUAUAGGAUCGUACAGGAUCUUGUCACACUAAAGAUAUCUACAUAUUUAAUAAUGUUUACCUUUGUUUUCUAUUUUUCAUGCCAAUAAAGUUAAA